AUGAGGGGAUUCCGACCGUUCUCCCAGCCAAUCCCACGAUUCGCGCUUCCAACCCGAAGCUUGCACCGACCCCUGCCAACUUCACAGCCCAUCACCAUCCCACCAAGAUCCUUGCGUGGCGUGAUGAGCUCCCAGCGCGAGGACUCGAUUCCACAUGAGCUUCGCACCGCGGCGGAGCCUCGACAGAACAGACUUUACCCGGUGCACCUGUCGCAUGUGGAGCAGGUCAACCCCUCUAUCCGCUUGCUACAGUUUACCAUUCCGGACCAAGAAAAUAGUGAUGACAAAUACCAACAACCAUUCACUUUCCUCCCAGGUCAAUGGCUAGAUGUUCACAUCCCUACCAUCUCAACAGCCGGUGGGUUCACCAUAACGUCAACACCCGCAGACGCCCAGGCACUGCCGUCACCCGAGUCACCAGCGGAACCGCUCCUUGGCGAAGAAGCUGGUUCAUCUAUCCCCUCCCAAGGACGAGAGCCCUAUGUAGAGUUGGCCGUCCAAGUCUCCCCCGGAAAUCCACCUGCUGCAUGGUUAUGGAAACCAAAGGCAGAGAUUCUCGGGAAGGAAUUGAAUAUCCGCGUUGGUGGGAGCUUUGUCUGGCCACCUACGGGGGUUGACAUACAGAAAAUUAAGAAUGUGGUCUUCAUUGCAGGGGGAGUGGGAAUCAAUCCGCUCAUCUCUAUCCUCUCUCACCUCAAUAACCAAACUGAACGCACCCAGCCCUUGAACAUCCAUUUCUUAUACUCGAGUCGACUGCCCCAAGGACACAAAACAGCAUCACCAGAAGAAUCGCUCAAUCAAAUCCUCUUCCUCCCACGAAUUCGCCAAAUCAUUCGUUCCCAAGGACAAUCUCAUCGUCUCCGAAUCUCUCUCGAUCUCUUCCUCACGGAUUCGAACGCUUCUCGUCUCACCCCAGCUAACUCCCCGGCUGACCUAACCAUCCACUCAAAGAGAAUUGAAAAACAUGACCUUCUAUCAGCCGUUGUCGGCGGGGAUGGCAAGCUAGACCCGCGAGAGAGUGUGGCAUACGUCUGUGGACCGCCGCAGGUGACAGAUGAAAUGAUCGAGUUGUUGAAAGGUAUUCUCGGAGAGGGCGGGGAGCAACGAGUGUUCUUUGAGAAAUGGUGGUGA